AUAUAAGUUGAAAGAGAAAGAUAUUUGAUUAAAAUAAAGUAAAGAAAGCUAAAAAAUUAAAAAAGAAAAGAUGGCUGACAGGAUAUACAAUCCAAAUCGAGAAUUGGCUCAGAAUGCUUACUGUUCAAGUAUGGCAGAAUACAAGGAAAUACAUUCUGAUUCUAUAAAAAAUCCUGUUAAAUUUUGGAAAGAAAUAGCUAAUAAAUUUUAUUGGGAAACACCUGCGAGGGAUGAUAAAUUUUUUUCUUAUAAUUUCGACGUGUCCAAGGGCGACAUUUCUAUUAAAUGGAUGGAAGGGGCUAAAACUAAUAUUAGUUUUAAUCUACUCGACAGAAACGUUAACAAUGGAAAGGGCAACGAGAUAGCAUUUUAUUGGGAAGGUAACGACCCAAACGAUUCGUCACAAAUAACUUAUAGUAAGUUAUUAACAAAAGUAUGUAAAUUCGCUAAUGUUUUGAGAUCUAAGGGAGUAUCGAAAGGUGACAGGGUUGUCAUUUAUAUGCCAAUGAUUCCCGAGCUUCCUAUUGCCAUGUUGGCAUGUACGAGAAUAGGGGCGGUUCAUUGUGUUGUUUUCGCAGGAUACUCGUCCGAUGCAUUGGCCGAACGUAUUUUAGAUGCCAAAGCAAAAGUUUUGAUAACCGCUAAUUUAGCCAAAAGAGGUGAAAAAGUAUUGUAUCCUAAAUAUAUUUGUGACAGUGCUAUUGAAAAAGUAACUGCACAGGAUCACGUUAUUGAAACGUGCAUCGUAGUUACACAUUCGAUGAGAUUGAACAACAAACGUACUGGUGCCGAUGAAAAUGGCUAUGGUGGAUCCUGGAAUUCUGAACGCGACUGUUGUUGGCACGUAGAAAUGGAGAAAGUUGAAAGUGAAUGUGAACCAGUGUGGAUGGACGCUGAAGAUCCACUUUUCAUUCUCUACACUAGCGGUUCUACUGGAAAACCCAAAGGUGUUCUUCAUACUACGGCCGGUUAUUUGAUUUAUGCAGCAACAACAUUCAAAUACGUUUUUGAUUAUCAUCCUGGUGAUAUUUAUUGGUGUACAGCAGAUAUUGGUUGGAUUACUGGUCAUACUUAUGUCGUUUAUGGUCCAUUGGCUAAUGGUGCAAUCUCAGUUUUGUUCGAAGGUACACCAUUCUAUCCAGAAAAUGAUCGAUAUUGGGCUAUUGUGGACAAGUACAAGGUCACUCAAUUUUAUACAUCACCAACUGCUAUCAGAUCUCUCAUCAAGUUUGGCGAUGAAUUUGUCAAGAAACAUGAUCUAUCUACUUUAAAGGUUCUCGGUUCAGUCGGCGAACCGAUAAAUUCAGAAGCAUGGUUGUGGUUGUAUAAUAUGGUUGGUCAUGGAAAGUGCAGUAUCGUCGAUACAUUCUGGCAAACGGAAACUGGCGGUCACGUUAUAACACCGCUACCAGGUGCGACCCCAAUGAAACCAGGAUCAGCGGCCUUUCCCUUUUUCGGAGUGUUACCAGAAUUAUUGGAUGAGGAUGGUCAUGUGAUUGAAGGUGAAGGUGAAGGUUAUCUCGUAUUUCGACAACCAUGGCCAGGAAUGAUGAGAUCAUUGUUUGGAAAUCAUCAACGUUUUCAAAAUACAUAUUUUGGUAGAUUUCAUGGAUAUUAUUGCACGGGUGACGGUGCCAGACGAGACUCAGACGGUUAUUUAUGGAUAACUGGUCGUAUUGAUGAUAUGUUGAACGUUUCUGGACAUCUGAUGUCUACUGCAGAAGUAGAAAACGUUUUGGCUGGUCAUUCUUCUGUAUCUGAAGCAGCUGUUGUUAGCAAAUCUCAUCCUGUUAAAGGACAAUGUCUUUAUUGUUUUAUUACACCUAACGAUGGUGUCAAAUUUGAAAAGAAAUUGCAGGAUGAACUGAAACAAAGAGUGAGAGAAAAGAUUGGACCAUUUGCUCAACCAGAGGUCAUUCAGCAUGCACCUGGUUUACCAAAAACGAGAUCAGGUAAAAUUAUGAGGCGUGUAUUGAGGAAGAUAGCAGCUGGUGAUAGAAAUGUCGGUGAUGUUUCAACUCUAGUUGAUGAGGCUAUCAUUGAUCUUCUUUUCCAACUUAGGCCACAAGCUUAAACGAAUCCAAAAAUUCUAUAAUAUAUAUAUAGAUAUAUAUAUUAUAGAUAUAUCGUCUUCGUUGCCGUGAUUGAAAAUUAGUAAACAAACAAAUUAUAACAAACAAAAAAGCUUGUUAAAAAAUAUUUAUGAAAAAAAAGUACUUUG